AUAACUUUAACCAUUAUAUCAGGUAUGAUGGUAAUAACUGCCAUACACCCAGUUCAUUCAAUAAUUUGAUUAGUGUUAGCGUUUGUGAACUCAGCUUUACUAUUCGUUCAAUUAGAGGCAGAUUUUAUAGCUUUAGCAACACUAAUUAUUUAUGUAGGAGCAAUUGCUAUUUUAUUCAUAUUUGUUUUGAUGAUGCUUAAUUUAUCAGCUUAUGAUUUAGAAAAUGAAAUUUCUUCUAUUCUUCCUAUUAGUGUAGUAAGUGCUUUAGGAAUUAUUACAAUUAUUAUUUCUAAUAAUUUUACUAAUAUGGACACUUCUUACCAAGAAAUAUUCUCUUUAAAGGAAUUCUCCACAAUGCAAUCAAUAGGUUCUCAAUUGUAUAACCAAUUUGGAGAGUACUUAAUCAUUGCAAGCAUAAUUCUUUUAGUAGCAAUGGUUGGAGCAAUUUUAUUAACUUUAAACCCUUCUUACCACUCUAAAAAACAAAAUAAUUUUAUUCAAAUAGUACGUGAUAACCAUAACUUUUAG